AUGAAGCAAUCAACGCAGAAGGGUACUCCCGGUUGCUCCGCAGCAAGUCCUGCUGACUACCGAGGGACUCGUUCCAGUUGUGACGGCAGGAUGACUUGCCGCACGCUCUCAUCAGUCAGGAGGGAGGGCAGCAUGCAGGAUUUGAACAGAGACGGUGCCGCUGCAGAGCAUGAGCAGUCAGUGUGGAAAAAGGGGGGCACUGGAAGACCAGACUUUGCAGAAGAGCUGCUUCCUACUGAUGAAGAGAUGCUCGAGAAGGAUCUGUCUGAGUCGGACACCCUUGGCCUUGAAUUAGAGGAAGGGGGCAAUGCUGCAGGAUUGCUUGAUGCUGUAGCUGGUUUACCAUCCAGCGACGAAAUGAUGCUGAGGGAGGAAUAUAGGCCAACAAGCCCAGUCUACUCCAGCAUAGCCUUGCCCGAGGAAGAUGAAGUUCGGGCACCCAACAAGAAGCGGCCGCACGCUGUAGCUUCUAGUGACGCCGUUCCUGAGCCCGAGGAGCAGCGAAGCACAUCAAGAGGGCAGCGCCGCACCAAAAUGUCUUUACAGCCGGUCACAAGCUUAUAA